CAGUGAUCUUUUACUCGACAUAGUAAACUCCACUUGCCAGACCCGUGCACACAAACUAUCUGCCGAGACCGAAUGAAGCUUCUUUCAUUUUCCCGUUCCAUGCCUGGUUCGGCAUGCCCGUCUCGUUUCGUAUCUCGGGAUGGGGCCGUGAGAUCUAUAAGAUGCCCUCCUCGCUCGCUUUCGUCACACUUGUUUUACUUCGAGACUAAGCUACUCAACAGAUGAAACCAAACCUGAACUUUGGUUACUCAUCAUUCAUGUCCCAUAUCAAACAUGACACUGCACGUUCAGGCUUCCGCCAGAGACUACUGGCCAAGUUCUCCCUAUACGGACGAGCAAGCUCACCCCGCAAAGUCAAUGGACAUGGAGACUGAAUGCACCUCCGGCAGCCGCGCGAACCUCUCCGCCAUCUCAGUAACCGAGUGUCCAUCCCCGUCUCCAUCAGCAUGGGCUGCCCUCGCUCCGGGCCAUGCCCCGGGCCACGCCCCGGAGCCAGAGAUUGAGCCAGAGACUGUCACAGACGCUCACCCUGACUUCUCCACCCUGGACCUGAAUGACUGGCACCAGCGGUACCUGUCCUGCAUGCGCUUCUUCCUAGCAGAGAGCCAGCACAGCCCCGCCGUGCAGGCCGUGGCCUGCUUUCUGAAUAUCAGACUACCAGGCGAGAGCGCGGACGCAGCCUCCGUCUCCGCCAGAGUCUACAUCCGCCGCCUGAUCGCCACGGGCCAGGAUACGCCUGCGAACCUGCGCCUGUUCUUCGGGGAGGACUGGGUAGCGGGCGUGGGCGCGAUCCGGCAGCAGGAGCGGCUGAAUUAUCUGUUCGCGGCGAAGAGCGGCGGGUGGGCGUCGACGAAGAGCGCGUAUGAUGUUCUGCCUGAUCAGCAGGUGCCGUUUCUGAGUCCGCUGCGUGAGCCGACGGAGGAAGAGCUAAGGGUUGCGGAUGCAAGGUGGAGCGAGUGGUUGGCGAUGGAGGAUUGGAUGUUGGGGCCUAGGAGGCCUUGGUAGGGUAGUGGUAGGGGGGUGAUGCUCAUGAGUUAUGAUUCAUGAUAUUCCUUUUCUUUUGUCACUCGCUAGUCUACAUAUUUCUUUUGUUAUCGAUAUCCAUAUCCACGCCGAGCGUACAGAGUACAGCUACUGUCUAUCGUUCUAUACCCUCUUUCGUAUUCCGCUGUAGUCAGAGGAGUACAAUUACAAUUACAAUUACAAUGAUAUUAUCUAC